AUGGCGACUGAAAGUGAAAAUUAUUCUUGGAGAUGACAAAUUUUCCUACUACUAUAUUCGUUUUAAUAUAUGUCACCUUUUAAAACAUAUCGAGUGUGUUUCACAGAAACAACAUGAACGUCAGUCAACAUAGGAAGCGUUUGGCUUUCCUACGCUGCUUACAAGAAUGUAUAAAUUGUUUCAAAGAUCGAAAGAAACUUCCGGAAUGUUUAUGUUACGUUCCGUCGGAAGUCAUUUACAAAUGCACUAGUCUUUGUUUUCUUCAAGUUUAUAGCGAACCGUCAGUAGACAGUAUAAGGAUCCGCGAUUUGAAGGGUAGUACAGAUUCUAUCGUCACUGUCACGGGAGAAGAGAUGUGCAACUCCGGAGGAAAGUGGCUGAAAGUUGUAAAGUUCAAGGCCAAUCCUUCUGCUGAGGAUAUAGUAUUUGACACAGAUGCCUGGAUCCUCUUGUUCAGCUGCAAGACCCCUGCUGAAGAUUUACUCACUUUAAAGGAACAGCCUCCGUCCCCACCGCGUAAUGCACCACCAAAGGUUGCUGUUAACAAGUGGUCAGAGGUUGUGAUUCACCAUUUCUCGCUGGAUCUACGCAAGAAAAAUGUUCAUGUUGUACCUCCUGAUAUCACUGCUGUUGUAAAACUACAAACAUUACCCUCAAACUGGACUAUAGACCAUGAUGAAGCUUUAGUUAGGCUAAUGUCAAAACAUCUCUCUCCAGAAAAUGAACAAUUAGGCAGUAUAAAAACCUAUGUGGAUGCCAUUGAAGUGUCCUCAUAUGUGGAGGACUACGGAGCGUCCUGUCUGACAGAUGGUGACCCCGACACAUACUGGGAGAGUGAUGGCUCACAGGGUAGACACUGGAUCAAGCUCAAAAUGAAGAAAGGAACCAUUGUCAAGAAGCUUCAGAUAGGAGUGCACUCCGAUGAUGACAACUACCUGCCAUCUAAGAUCACAGUAAAGGGUGGAGCGGAGUGGCACAGCAGGAAGGUCCUCAACACCAUCAAUAUUGACUGGGAUUCCAAUGAGGCCGGGAUGAUCACAGUUUUGGAGAACAUGACUGAACACUACCUCUGGAUCACAAUCAAGAUAGAGGACUGCAAAUGUACUGGAGGAAUCGACACAAGAAUACGGGAGUUGAAACUGGUGUCUACAGAAGAACGUACUCUCGGGUUUGACCUAGAUUUCUUCAAGGCGGAGAACCUGAUACGGUAUCCGAUCCUGGAGACGUACAAGCCGGAGGAGUUGUACCAGCGUUCUCAGGUGCUACAGAGGUUUAUAGAGAUUAUAGACAGUGUUCUGUACUACAUUGUACCUGCUUGGGAAUACUCAAUAGGUUCUUACAGCUCUCUAGAGUAUGUACGUCAGCUAUUGCCUUUAUCCAAACGGAGAUUAACCUUAAUAGAAACAUGUUUAAAGGAAUCAGCAUUGAAAUGGCCAAACAUGCCCAAGUUGUUCAUUAAUCGCCGUUUAGCCAUGGAACACAGAUGUGACCCCACAGCAGAUCCAGAGUGCAAGAAUUCUGUAUUUAUGCAGAUUUACGAGGGCCUAAAACCCCGUGACAGAACGUCAAAACCUUUGAACUACAGGUGGUCAAGUCGUUAUGACCAAUGGUGGGAGUGCAAGUUUAUCUCAGAAGGGGUGAUAGACCAGGGAGGGGGAUUUCGGGACAGCAUGUCUGACCUCGCGGCGGAGCUGUGUCCCUCUGCUUCCGACUGCCCUGUACCCCUGCCAUUCUUUAUACGCUCACCAAACCAGUUUAGUGAAGACUCGAACAUCAAUCGAGAUGUGUAUGUGCCAAACCCCCAGUGUCGAGACUUCCCCCGCUAUGACUGGAUUGGUCAACUUAUGGGGGCGUGUCUUCGAGGAAAGGAAAACCUGGUGCUCUCCCUUCCCCCUUUCUUCUGGAAAAAAAUGGUCUGCGAGAGAGUGACAUGGGAAAGGGAUUUCUUCACCGUUGAUGCAGCUACGGUGAAGAUGAUAGACACAUUGGAGACAAUGGAAUCAUCCGAGUUUUCCACAGUGAGUCGGAACUGGUCAUGCACACUCAGUGACGGCUCUGUGGUGCACGUGAAGUUGGACGGGGAGGGGAAUGCAGUACCAUUGAAGUAUGAUGAUAGGGAUCGAUACUGUCGGGAGGUGCGACGUAUACGCAUGACAGAGUCAGAUGAACAGCUAAAUGCCAUCCAGACAGGCCUAUUGAAGACCAUCCCCCAGGCUGUGUUAGACCUCCUUACCUGGCAGGAGCUGGAACAGAGGAUCAGUGGAGACCCAGAAAUCACCAUAGAUGCUCUAAGACUGUCAACACACUAUGAUGAUGUGGAAGAAAAGGACACAAGGGUUCGGUACAUGUGGGAGGCAUUGAAAAACUUUUCAAACGAGGAUCGUAGUCGAUUCCUUCGCUUCAUCACUGGCCGUAGACGACUGCCUGCAUCUGUACAUAUAUCUUCCAGUAGAGAUAACGCAAUAGAUUGCCUGCCGGAGUCAAGCACCUGUGGUAAUGCACUCUACCUGCCGAAUUACACAAGUGCCAAGAUAGCUGAGGAGAAGAUUAGAUAUGCCACCUACAACUGCAUGGACAUUGACACUGACAUGAAUCUAUGGGAGGAUUGAGUCUGAAUACUGAGUGACCGGUGCUUGAUGACCGCUCUGUGAUCAUUGAUUGCCCAUUAAGGAACAUGCGAUUACUAUCUGCUGAGUAACACAUCCUGAAUCACUACUAUUGCCACUCAGUGACCAAUGGUUGCCAACUGAGGAACGUGCACUAGACGGGUGCUGAACUUUCAUUAAAUGGCCUAUAUGGAUUAUCAAUUGCCAUGGUGAUUAAACAUUCAAUGGCCAUUUAGCGACCUCUACAGGCCACUGUGACACAUAUAUUAAAAUAAAUAUCCACAAGGUGAUGUAUAUUGAACAGUGAGUUACAUUUGAGUGGCCCGUCCUGUUCAUUCUUACUACUUCAAUUGUGGCUUGUGAUUGUAGAUCAUCAAAAGCUGAUUGACCACUUUGCAGUGGAAUAUUGCAUAUUGAUUAUUGAACACUUGUGUUAAUUGAAAUAUGAGUAGCCAGUACUGAUUAAUAAGCGAAGGUACUAACCAUGUGUUGUAUGUUAUUAUUACAUUGUGUUUAUUAUCUGAAUCAGUCUAUUCAUUAAUUGAACAGUACUCAUUAUUUAGUGCCUGGCACUGAUCUUUAGUUGCGGAUACAGGGGAUCAUUUCAGCAAGUCUGUAAUUCAAAAUCGUUUUUAGGAAUCUUAAUGAAAUUGCUCCCAGAUUUUUAAAUUACCAGUUCUGAUUGGUACAUGGUUAAUACUGAUAUUCAGGUUGAUGGUGCUUAUUGACUGGUACUAAUGAUAGUGAACUAAAAUGGAGCACUUAAAUGCUCUUAAUUUCUUGAUAAGAAGUUGUGUUUAUAUGCAAUUCCAUGUCAACAGUGUUAAAAGGUAUGACAAGAAAUACCAUGGUUUAUGUUGUGCAGUUGGUAGUUGUACAACUGGCAUGCACUCCACAGGUUAAAUGUUUCCCAGGUUUGUUCAAAUUUAAAUUUUACAUAGCAGGUCUUGAAGAAAUUGCUGAAGCCAAGCUCAAAAUCAGGGCUUGUGUAUUUAAACGUUCAUGGCCUGCCAUACAUGUAUUUAAUGGACAUGGGCUGAAGAUAAUUGUUAAGAUUAUGUCAUAGAUGGUCAAACAAUAUAUAUACAGCAAAGAUAUUCAACCCUGGUUUUCACUGUUAACAUUAAUCAACAGAGGUUCAAUGGAACAUUUUGUUUAUCAACAAACUCUUACUUUUCAUCAAUUUGUAUUGUAUUAUUAUUAUUCACACUAAUUUUCAAAGAAAUUUAAUUUUAUCUGAAGUUAACAUUAUUUAAUCAGAAAAAAUAAACCUUCCAUGUGGUGAAGCUGUAUGGCUAAGAUAAAAAAUAAUUUUAAGUAAGCUAUUACACUUUUACAUGUAUAUGAAUGUUAGUAUCUGUCAUGCAUGUACAUUUUAACAUGUAACUGAUACUAGUCCUAUCUUCAUAGUCAUGCAGUGUUAGUGCAUGGUAAAAUCAUGUUGUUCAUGUAUGUGCAUUGUUUUUAAGUGCUUACAUUAGUGAAUGUCUGACCAUGUAUUUUAAGAAUUUGUUUUUCAAAUCUAACACUUCUUAUUGAUGUAAUAACUGUGAUAUGGACGUAGACAUUCAAUAAAUUUUGUUACAUUAA